CUUCCCCUCUCCCAGUGGGUACUUGGGCUCGUCCUUGCUGGUCCUAGGCAGGGACGCGGGGCAAACCAUCGCGCCGGAGGGGGGCGCGCACCCGGAGCAUCCUCUGGAGCAGGAGCCUUAGCGUCCUCGGGGCGGGGAGAGUCUGAGCAGCCUCUCCCCGGGGCUUCCACAGGGGACCCAUGGGGAAGAGAUACUUCUGUGAUUACUGUGACCGCUCCUUCCAAGACAACCUCCACAAUCGGAAGAAGCAUCUGAACGGAGUCCAGCACCUGAGGGCCAAGAAGGUCUGGUAUGACCUCUUUCGAGAUGCUGCAGCCAUUCUGAUGGAGGAGCAGAACAAAAGGCCUUGCAGAAAGUUUCUGGAGACAGGUCAGUGUGACUUUGACUCAAACUGCCGAUUCUCACACAUGACAUCGGGGGACCUGGAGCAGCUGGCAGCCCAGGUACACGAGGAGAGGCUAUCCAGGGAGCAGGAGAUUGUGGAGGUGCCAGAGGGUGGCAUCGAAGACUGGCUGGAGAAGCGGGCCAAGCGGCGGAGCUCUGCCCAGAGCAGCAGCACACUGUUAACCAAAGCCGUGGUCUUCCAGUACCCACCGGGCUGGCCGCCUGUCCAGGACCUUCCACCAUCCCUGCGGGCCCCGCCUCCUGGGGGGUGGCCCCAGCAGCCCAACGUCCAGUGGGGCUGAGAAGAAGGCUCACACUCUCCCUGCCAUGGAAGUUGCUCUAGACAUCUUGUGGGGGUGGGCAGGGGGGAUCCACCUAUUUCCUAGAUUGCAAUAAAGGAUGCCAGCCUGGCAGUGA